AUGGCGACUGAAACAGGAGUAAAGCCAAAACUUGUAAAAGGUGCUUCAGUUAGUAGGAAGAUCUGGAAGGUGGAAAAGGCACCACUGAGAGCCAAGAGUAGAGUUGUUAAGAAUAAGAAAUUAACCUCAUGGGAACUAAAAAAACAAAAAAGAUUGGAAGACAAACAAUUUAAAGAUAAGUUAAAAGGUCUAAAGGAUGAGAAGGAGGAAGCUCGUCAAGCUAAAAUAACCAUGUUGAAGGAAAGAAGAGAAAAGAAGGAAGAAAGUGAAAGAUACGAACGUUUGGCGGCUAGAAUGCAUGCUAAGAAGGUUGAGAGAUUGAGAAGAAGAGAAAAGAGAAAUAAGGCAUUGAAAGAACGUUGA